AUGCCGACACAGCUUCAGGCGAGCGACAACGGCGCUAGCAAUGCAGAUGCAGGCUCUCUCAAGGCGCCGGCGGGGCCAUUUGAGCACCUUCCGGACGCACUUCCAGCGCUGCGCGACUUUGAGAUCCGACAGAAGCUGCUCCAAUGGAACCUGAGCGACUCCCUCCAGCUGCAGCGCUUCCGUGUGCAUCGACGACUGCCCAACGAAGCGGACGAGGCUCUGCUGACCGAGUUUUUCCAGGACGAAAGCGUGCAUCGCAUUCUGCUGGUACGAAGCCCCCCACCUCUGCUGAACUCCUCGCUGCGUUUCGAGCGUCUGCGCGUCAGUGUGACGAGCAUGGCGUUCUUCGAGAAGCUCAAUGCAGCAGGCAUCGUAUCGCGCGACGGGAGUAUCCGCGGCUGCAUCGACGAAGACUUCGACGGGUGCACAGCCGGCGACUUGCUCACGGAGAUGCUGGCGAACCCGGACUCGGACAACUGCGACGUCUUCUCCGACGACGAACGACUAGAGUUCAUCUUCCAGCUCUUCUCCGCGCUCGUAGUCGGCGGUGGGGCAUUGCGUCAAGCAGAUUCGCGCGUGGAAGCGUACGAAGACGCCACGCGAACUCUGUACCGCGCACUCAUUUCAGUCAAGAAGAGCAUCGCAGACGCCAAUCGGAAGCGCGACAUCGAGAUCACCUCGCGCGUGUAUCGCGUGAGUGGCGACGCGCUCUUCCAAGCCCCUUCCUCCCGCUUCCACUCGUGCUUCGCCAUCAUCGACGCCCGUAAGCGCUGGCUCACAGUCUGGUACUGCCCCUUCAGAGCUUCGUGGUAG